AUGACAGAGGGAGCCGAGAGAAGGGCGACACAGAAAGAGAGCAGAGAAAAGCGGGGCAGCGAUGGGCAGCAAAGAGAAGAACAGGAAAAUACCUGGAAAGAGUGCGUGUAAAGUCGAGAGAAACGGGACAGCAAAAGAAGAAUGGAGAGGGUUUGAGGACAACAGAAAGCGCGUGAGAAAGACAGUGAGCUGCAAGAGCGAGGGCAGUUUGAACAGAGGGAAAAGAGAGAGGCUUCCUGAUUGACAGAGACAGGCCUCCGCACUGACAGCUGAGUCUAAGAAUGGAGAGAGCAGCAGUGGGUGGGACGAUGAGGGGGUAAAGUACAGAGGUUACAACUAUAAAUACACACACACACACCAGAAGAGACCUAUUUAUUUAGCCUUCCCCUGGCAUUUAGACAGCAGAGGGGAGCACAACACACUCACGCUGUACAUCCAUUCAAUACUGUUGACUAACAAAGUUGUUUGUGGUCAUUUGAACUGAUACCUUCAAUAACUAAAAUCUUGCGACAUAACUUGGACAUUUUUCAAGAUUACUCUCUGGCGCCGUAAGUGCUCAGUCAGCAUAACAUCUCUCUUUCAUGCUCAUCUUCAUAAGCCCCUGUAAUCAGGUUCACACAUUAGUUGCUGUGUCAUUCGCUUCUGCAUUCCCUGGCCUAUGAACUUUGGUAAUAGCAAUGUGACACCCGCAAAGGGGGAUGUAUGGCAGGGAGCGAACAUAUGUCUGCCUGUGUUUGAGGGGGGUGGAGAGAGAGCAGGGAGAAGGGGAAACUCCACACUCACAACAGUUAGUGUCUGCAGGAACGGUUGCAUGACCAGUGGGAAAAAGAGAGAGGGGGAAGAAGUGUGGCCAUUUUAGAUGACCACAUUUCUGUCUGCGGUUCAGGGACAAGCUAGGCAGUGACCUCAACAAAAGGAACAGAAGAGGGGACACGAGUCAAGUCGCCAGAAAGGAACAUCAUACUUUUCUGCAAGACCUUCAACCAGAUAUAACUCAACUGAAAUGAAGAGAUUGUUGUAACAACUUAAAUAGCAGGGCUUUUGAGGAAUGGGACAUUGACAGUGUAUUGGAUACAGGAAGUACAUCUAACUGGAAUAUACAGUAUGCAUUCACAUGAGUGAUUCUACAUUUGGAGUUUCUGAAAUGCAAGUGAUCAAAAACUGAAAUUCACAAGCCAGUGUGCGAGGACACGUCUUCGUAAGAAGUACUUCUUGGAUUACACCCCUGCAUUCCAAGAUUGGAUAACUGACUGUGCUCAGUUUCUGGAAGGAAAGUCCACAGAGGCUUUGUUCCCCUUUUCUCCCUCUUUGGUUCAAUCGUGAUCCAGGUUUGAUUCCAGAUGUUUCUGAACACCAUCCUGGUGGUGGUGACAGACCUGGCAGCAGGGUUGCUAGGCAACGUCUCUGUCCGCCGUCACUUCCACCUGCUGCUCACUGGUUGCCUGGUGAUGUUUGGCCCAGCCCUCAGUCUCUGGGUGUCCCAAUACAGCGUCUUUGCCAAGCGCACCCACUUCCUAUACAGGGGAUUCCUGAGGUCUGGCUGGGGCUGGACCUGUGUCUUUGUCGGCUCCUUUGUCUUUCUCCUGUCCUUCUCAGUGCGACGAUCCCUCGGUCUCUCCCUGCGCCACCUAUCCAGGCUGGCGGUGGCAGGGGGCUUGUGGGUAGGAUUCCGACAGCUGCUGGGAUUAUUGGAGAACGCCACAGGGAGCUGCUACGAGCCCCUGGCUUCCUCUCCGGAGGGCCAGGGAGGAGGCGCCAACGGCCAGCCUCUGCCUCUGCUGCCUUAUCUUGGCAGAGGAAACGGCUGUGUUUGGGCCUUAUCUGACUCUGGGUGGGGCAUCUGGGGCGCCAUUGCGUCUGCUCUUUCUGUUUUGCGUGCUGCUGUUGUCACUCUGGAUCUUCUUGUUGCUCUGCCUGCUAGCGUACUUCCCCCAGUUCCCCACACAGUUGCUGGGGGGUGCGCUGGGCUGCCUGACCUGGCGAGGGCUCUACCAGGGUUGGUACCGGAUGGGGCCUAGCUGGUACUGCCCUGGGAGGCCCGGAGUGGGACUGCUUACCACCAAGGCUGGGCCCAAAGAUGGAGGCACCAGCUAAAAUCUCUUAACCCGAUAACCUGUGCUGUGCUAUGUAACCUGUGGUUAUAUAAGGAUAAGGGACUUUAGAUGUGAGGAUGACUAUUGUUUGAUGAAAAGGCAUAUCCAUAUGGAUGAUAGACCAUCAUCAUAUGCAGAAACUCAAGGAUUUAUAACGACCCAUAUGAAUGUGACAUUAAAACCUACACUUUAAACUUGAUGGUAAUGCUUGCAAAUAUUAUUCUGGCAUCUCAGAUAUUAAAGGGGGAAGCAGCAUCUCUGAUUCAGAACAGGAAUUGUUGGGAAUUUUAAGGAUAUUCUGUUCAAUAUCAGAAACCCAUACCCACAGAAAAAGUAUUUCCAGUCUAUUCU